AUGAGCUUUGUCAGCCUCGGCGGCGAUGCAGGCAGCAAGCCCACAUUCUUUGAGGUGUAUGCCGCAGACAAGCUCGUGCCCAGCCUCAGGGCCGCCGUCAUCUACUCCCUGUCGGUGUUUGGCCAGCGCCGCGCCUGGGUGCAGCGGCUGCUGGAGCGAGAGGAUGAGGUUGUUGCCCUGGUCGUGCUGCUGCUCGACCGCCACAGCCUGCGCGCCCUCGAGGGCACGUUUGCGGAGAGCCUCUACGGCCUCAAGCGCGAGCGGUGGCGGCCGCGCCCAGGGGCGGCGGCCGCGGCGGCGCCGCAGCAGCAGCCGGCCGGCGCGGCGGCGGGUUGCGGCGGCGGGGCGCCGCUCGGGCGGGGCGGCGCGAGCCUGGCGCUGCUGUGCAGCGUGCUGCUGCCUUACCUCCAGUCGAAGGCCGAGCGGCUGUACACCCGCCACGCGGCGCGCGCCGGCGUCUUGGGCCUCGCGCUGCGCCGCGCGUCGCCGCGGCUGCCCCCGGUGCGCGGCGGCGCCGCGCCCGGGCCCUUGGCGGCCGCGUGGGACGCGGCCCUGGCGCUGUAUGUGCGCGCCUACCCGUUCCUGCAUGCGGCGAUCGAGGCCUCCAAGUUCAGCUACCAGCUGGCCUAUCUGCUAGAUGCUUCCGACUACAACUCCCCAAUGAUGCGGCUGCUGGGGCAGCGGCUCGUGCGCAUGUCCGCGCCCGACAUGGCACGCCUGGAAAAUGAGAAGCAGCGCGCGCGCGGGGCGCGGCUGGCGGCAGUGGAGCAGCGCGGCAGCCGCGUCGCGCGCGGCGUGGGGCGCGCCUGGCUGAGGGCGCGCUUUGCGGUGGCCGACCACACAAGCAGCGCGCUCAUCCUGGCAAUCCUUGAGUGGUGGUACGCAUCUGCAGAGGACCGACUGGCGGCCGGCAAGGCGAUCCCGCCCCCGCCCGCGCCCCCGCCGCCCGCGCCGCACCCGGACGGCGUCGGCCUGCCCGAGGACCCCGCCACAUGCCCCCUGUGCAGGCGGGCUCGCGUCAACCCCGCCGCGCUGGCGGUGUCGGGCUACGUCUUCUGCUACCCCUGCGUCUUUGGCUGGGUGGCGCAGCGGCGCUGCUGCCCCGUCACACGCCAGCCCGCAACGCUCGACCACGUGCGGCGCCUGUUUGAGGCGCUGUGA